AGAACAGACACCUGUAAGAGUCGGGAGACGGGGUGAGACGGGGCUGCGAAGGCCGGGCGAUGGGGAGCGGAGCCGAGAGGGAACGGGAGCGGUGGGAGGGCCGCGGCAGGCGGAGCGAAGGAGGGGCCAGGCCGUGCCGGGAGCUGCCGGAGGGAUCCUGCGGUGCCCGAGAGCGGAGCGCCGAAGGGGCGAGGAGGCGGCUGCCGGCCGGGGGCAGCGAGGAAGCGGGAGGGGCAAACCAGGGCGCCGCUCAGCGGACCGUCCCGGCGGCGAUCGGCGCACGGCCGGGGCUCCUCGGAACGCAGCGCCAUGUGAGCGGGAGCUCCGUCCGAGCCGCGACGAGCCGCGCCGGAGGUUUGGCGGCGUCCAGCGCUGCUCCGGGCAGCAUGACCGAGGUGAAGGCCAAGGAGACCCGAGCACCUUCGUCUGCCCGAGACGGGGCGGUGCUGCUGCAGGCUCCCCCCAGUCGCGGGGAAACGGAGGGCAUCGACGUCGCCCUGGACGGGCUGCUAUACCCCAGAAGCAGCGACGAGGAGGAAGAGGACGAGGAGGAGGAGGAAGAGCCGCAGCAGAGGGAGGAGGAGGAGGACCAGCAGGAUCGGGACUGCCCCUCGUACCGGGAGGGCAGCGGCGCGCUCCCCAAGGACUGUCUGGACAGCGUCCUGGACACCUUCCUGGCUCCCGCGGCUCAUGCCACGCCCUGGUCCCUGUUCGGGCCGGAGGUGCAAGAGGUGCCCGUCGCCACGAUGAGCCGCGGUCCCGAGCAGAAGGCUGUGGACGCCGUCCCGGCGGCUCCCGGCCCCUCGCAGCCGCGACCCGGGGCUCCGCUGUGGCCGGGCGCCGACCCCCUGAGCGUCGCCGUGAAAGCGCGUCCGGGAGCCGAGGGUCCCAGCGAGGGCAGAGCCCCCGGACUGCCCGGCGCCGAGGAGCGCGGCUUCCCGGAGCGAGACGCGGGGCCCGGAGAAGGCGGCCUGGCGCCCGCCGCGACCGCUUCCCCGGCGGCCGUGGAGCCGGGCGCGGGGCAGGACUACCUGCACGUGCCCAUCCUGCCGCUCAACUCUGCCUUCCUGGCCUCGCGCACGCGGCAGCUGCUGGACGUGGAGGCGGCGUACGAGGGCAGCGUCUUCGGACCGCGCUCCUCGCCCUCCGCCCACGCCGCGGACUUGGCGGAGUACGGCUACCCGCCGCCCGACGGCAAGGAGGGUCCCUUCGCUUACGGCGACUUCCAGAGCGCGCUGAAGAUCAAGGAGGAGGGCGUCGGUCUGCCCGCCGCCCCCCCUUCGUUCCUGGGCGCCAAGGUCGCCCCCGCCGACUUCGCGCAGCCUCCGCGUGCCGGCCAGGAGCCCUCGUUGGAGUGCGUCCUCUACAAGGCCGAGCCGCCCCUCCUGCCCGGCGCGUACGGACCGCCGGCGGCCCCCGACAGCCUGCCGUCCACCUCGGCCGCGCCGCCCGGUCUCUACUCGCCGCUCGGGCUCAACGGGCACCACCAAGCGCUGGGUUUCCCCGCGGCCGUGCUGAAGGAGGGCCUGCCCCAGCUGUGCCCGCCCUACCUGGGCUACGUGCGGCCAGAUACAGAAACCAGCCAAAGCUCCCAGUACAGCUUUGAAUCACUACCCCAGAAGAUUUGUCUCAUCUGUGGCGAUGAGGCUUCUGGUUGCCACUACGGAGUGCUCACCUGUGGAAGCUGUAAAGUCUUCUUUAAAAGGGCAAUGGAAGGGCAGCACAACUAUUUAUGUGCUGGAAGAAAUGACUGCAUAGUUGAUAAAAUCCGUAGGAAGAAUUGUCCAGCGUGUCGCUUGAGGAAGUGCUGUCAAGCUGGAAUGGUCCUGGGAGGUCGAAAAUUUAAAAAGCUUAACAAAAUUAAGGUUGUGAGGACAUUAGAUGUUGCACUCCAGCAGCCAGCAGCCCUUCAGGAUGAAAGCCAAUCUCUAACGCAAAGGCUGUCCUUUUCUCCAAAUCAAGAAAUACAGUUUGUUCCCCCAGUGAUAAGUGUUCUGCGAGGCAUUGAGCCUGAAGUUGUCUAUGCUGGUUAUGACAAUACGAAACCUGAAACACCAAGUUCCUUGCUGACCAGUCUAAAUCAUCUUUGUGAGAGGCAACUUCUUUGUGUAGUCAAGUGGUCAAAAUUGCUACCAGGAUUUCGGAAUUUACAUAUUGAUGACCAGAUAACUCUCAUCCAGUAUUCCUGGAUGAGUCUAAUGGUUUUUGCAAUGGGAUGGAGAUCAUACAAACAUGUCAGUGGUCAGAUGUUAUAUUUUGCACCAGAUCUGAUUCUGAAUGAACAGAGGAUGAAGGAAUCAUCGUUCUAUUCGCUGUGUCUCUCCAUGUGGCAGCUCCCACAGGAGUUUGUCAGACUCCAAGUUAGCCAAGAAGAGUUUCUAUGUAUGAAAGCACUACUGCUUCUCAAUACAAUUCCUUUGGAAGGCCUAAGAAGUCAAAGCCAAUUUGAUGAGAUGAGAACGAGUUACAUUAGAGAACUGGUGAAGGCCAUUGGCUUGCGCCAGAAAGGUGUUGUGGCCAAUUCCCAGCGUUUCUAUCAGCUUACAAAACUGAUGGAUUCCAUGCAUGAUCUAGUGAAACAGCUCCAUCUCUUCUGUCUGAACACAUUUCUCCAAUCCCGUGCACUGAGCGUUGAAUUCCCCGAGAUGAUGUCAGAGGUGAUUGCUGCACAGCUGCCCAAGAUUCUGGCAGGGAUGGUGAAGCCUCUUCUCUUUCACAAGAAAUGAAAUGUCUUUUCUCUUAUCAUAGGGAUGAUUUCUGGGUUGUUUUUUGUUUGUUUAUUUUGGUCAAGAUUUUGCAAUGUCAGGACUUCAGUGUAUUUGUCAUACCCUGCCUACUGCUUUGUCCUUGUAACAUACACAAGCCAUGUAAGCUUGAUGUACAUAUUGUGAGUUCCUGAUUCCUUAACUGCAAAAAUCACAACAGUCAGAAGAAAUGUUUUGUAAACUUGGGUAGAUUGCUUUUUAGAUAUGCGUAAGAAUGACAAUGAAUAGAGUUUUCAGAUUUCUAAGAACAGUUAUCUUAUACAUUUUUCUUACAUAUUGCACACUCUCAAAUUUCUGAUAUGUCAUGGUGAAAACUUUUUAAUACAUUGUGUGCAUGUGUACACGUGGGCAUGCUCAUGGUCCUAAAGUUUUUGAGGGAAUUAAAAUGUAUGUUGCCCACACUUUCUCAUGGAUAUUUGACUUUUUAUUUACUAAUCUGCUUCACAGAAAUAUCCUUUCAAAGUCAGCUGUUCAAGUUUAAGUAGAUAUCUCUGCAAUACCUUCAUGAGUAACUAAAGCGCUCUCUGCAAAAUGUGUGAAUAUGGAUUCAUGUUCUUCUGUGCUCCUGCUGUAUUGAAAUUCUGAUAGCAGUGUGCUUCUUUCUGCAUCAUUCAGUGCAGUUCUCCUUCAGAAGUCCGAAAGCAGAGGAGAAUUUCAGUAUAUAUUACACCAGAAGUAAGAUGUAUGUAAAUCCACACAGCUUCAGUUUGUGUUAUUUUCCUUUAAAGUUCGGCACUUAGUAAAGCCAAAACACAUUGUUGUGAUCUUAAAUUUAGUGACUUAAAAAUUAUGUAUUUCAGAAGUUUUAAAUAGAAAUAUUUCCCCUGACUACCACUCUCAACAAUCUUGAUGGUUUGAAUUUCUCUUUUUACUUAACCAAACACUACCAUCAAAUUUUAGAGAGGUUAGAAACAAAAAGAAGUGGAAAAUAUGACAACAGAUGUUUUGAUACACAUAACAUUCAUCUUAAUACCCCGUUUAGUGAAGCUACAUAUUUUAUACUUUAAAGGCAUGCUGUUUUAGUUGGAGUAACUGUAUGAGGAGUUGGGCUGAACUAGCAUUAUACAUUCAAGAAGAAUGCCAUGGUUUUCCUGGAAAUGAAAUAUUUGACUAAAAAUGAUAGUGCAAUGGUUGUUGUUCCUUUUGUAUGGACAUGAAGCUACUCAUAUUUGAGGCAGUAAACUGCUGAUAUAUUCAGACAAACAGAGAUGGAUAAGCCCAAGAAGAAUUUGGAUGAUUAAAAUCUGAUGAAUUUUUGCCAUCACUAAAAAUGAUACCCAGCUUCUCUAGCAUUAAUCAAUGUAGGAAACUGCAAGUCUUGGAUAACUGCUGGCCAUAUGCUAUUGCUUUUCCCCAUUAGACACUGGAUGCAUCCAUUGUGGUAGCAUUUUGCUUAUGGUAUGUAACAUGAGAUGUAUGGACUUGUCUUUGUCAGGUAAGCUAAGGCCCACCAAGAGGAAGCUACAUAACAGAUAGGAAUAGAAGUACCCUGCAUAGUACAAAACCCACUGGACUUGUGGCAAAGAAGUAACUCAAGGAAAAAUGGUCUAAGCAGACUUCUGUGUUUGUUUACUAGGUUUGUAACUUUUAACUGCCCCUAAACAAGCUAUUUCUUACUUAUUUAAUAUAGUCUGACUUUCAACUGUCAUCCUUAAAGCAAUUGUGUUUUAAUAAAUAACACAAAAUUCUGUUUCUA